CUCCCCUGAGGACGAGUCAAAGUUUCUCUCUUUACGCCUCUUUGAUUUACAGUCAUAUUUUAGACCAAUUUAAUUUCUUCUUCUUCUUCUUCUUUCUCGAAUCUUCGCCAAAACCUCUCUCUCAAAUUUAUAAUCUUUAUCUUUCAUCCCAAAAUUUCUUCAUUGAUCUUCCUUCUUUCUCUCGAAAUCCUUCGAUUGGCUCCUUCAAGCUCCGUUCCCAGCAAUGUCAUGGUACCGAAGAACCAAACUCGUGUUCGAUUCCCUGCGGCGCAAUAUAGAUCCGAAGAUUCUUCCUCGAUCUCGUGUUUCCUCGAGAAUCAAUCAAACUGGGUCUUCUAAUCCCUCAGCUAAUUUUUCUGGGUUCUCCUCGAUUUCUUCGCGCGAAGUAGGGUUACGAUCAUGGACAUCUCUCGGGAAAACGAACAGGAUCGCGUAUAAUCCGUUUCUGAGCUCACCCAAGAGAUUUUACUACGUUGAUCGUUACCAGGUUCGUCAUUUCAAGCCACGCGGACCCAAACGGUGGAUCCAAAACCCUAGGACAGUGUGGACGGUGGUGCUGAUUACUUCCGGUGCAGUGAUCACUCUGUUUUUCGGCAACUUAGAGACGGUUCCUUACACAAAGAGGACACAUUUCGUUCUCUUGUCCAAAUCCAUGGAGAAGCGAGUUGGGGAAACCCAGUUCGAGCAGAUUAAGAAGACCUACAAGGGGAAAAUCCUCCCUGCGAUUCACCCUGAGAGCAUUAGGGUUAGAUUGAUAGCCAAAGAGAUCAUUGAUGCGUUGCAGAGAGGUUUGAGCCAUGAGCGUGCGUGGAGUGAUUUAGGGUAUGCUUCGAUGGACAGCACGAUGAGAGGUAGUAGUGAUAGGGGAGUGAAGGAGACGGAAAUGGCUUUGAGUGGUGAAGAGACGAUGAGUGGGAUGAGAUGGUCGAAAGAUGAUCAGAUUCUUGAUGACGGAUGGAUUGAGCAGAGCAGGAAGAAAGAUACCAAAGCAGCGAGCUCUCACCUCGAAGGGAUAAACUGGGAGGUGCUUGUGGUUAACGACCCUACGGUUAACGCGUUUUGCAUGCCCGGUGGGAAGAUUGUAGUGUUCACCGGCUUGCUUGAACAUUUCAAAUCAGAUGCUGAAGUUGCCACUGUGAUCGGACAUGAGGUUGGUCAUGCGGUGGCUCGACAUGUAGCUGAAGGAAUAACAAAGAACUUGUGGUUUGCAAUCCUUCAGCUUGUGUUGUAUCAGUUUGUCAUGCCGGAUCUUGUGAACACCAUGUCCGCUCUUUUCUUGAAGCUUCCUUUCUCCAGAAAGUACUUUUCUCUUCCUCUCUUCCUAUCAACAUCCUAUAGUUUGCUAUUGCUUGCAUCAGCGGGAUAUGACCCAAGAGUAGCUCCAAAUGUGUAUGAGAAGCUGGGGAAGCUAGGGGGACAGGUGGCACUCGGGGAAUAUUUAUCGACACAUCCUUCGGGGAAGAAGAGAUCACAGCUUUUGGCUCAAGCCCAUGUGAUGGAAGAAGCCCUAAUGAUCUAUAGAGAAGUACAAUCAGGUCGACGUGGCAUUGAAGGCUUUCUUUAG